AUGUUAUUGGCUUUCCAUACACCUGAAGAACAACCUCAACAUAAGUGGUAUUUGGAUACAGGGUGCAAUAAUCAUAUGUGUGGAAGAAAAGAGUUGUUUAACAGUCUUGAUGAAUCAGUAAGAUCAAUAGUGAAGUUUGGAAAUAAUUCUACAAUUCCAGUUAUGGAAAAAGGUAGAAUAGGAAUAGUUCUGAAUAAUGGUGCUAAAACAUAUAUUAUGGAUGUGUUUUAUGUACCAGGUUUACAUCAAAAUUUAUUAAGCAUGGGUCAAUUAUUAGAAAAAGGUUAUUCUACGAACAUCUUUAAUGAUGUUUGUUCAAUUCAUGAUCGUUUUAGAAGACUUAUUACAAGAGUACAGAUGACCAAGAAUAGAUUGUUUCCUUUGAAUAUUCGGUAUCAAAAGGAAAGGUGUUACAGCAGCUGUGUUCAUAAUGAUUCUUGGUUAUGGCGCAAGGGAAUGAGACAUAUGAGCUUUAACAGUUUGCAAACUUUAGCAAAGAAGGAGAUGGUGUCAGGUUUACCCUUUAUUGAGCUUCCAAAAUCAAGAUGUGAGAAUUGUAUCCUUGGCAAGCAGCAGUCAACAAAGCUAGAAGAUUUGAUCAGCAAUUGGAGAUUGUUCAUAGUGAUCUGUGUGGUCCUAUUGAAGUAA